CCGAGAGGUUCAGUGGCUUAUAUUUCGUUAGAGACAUUUUAAGUCUUCGGGGUGGUCCUGAAGAUUAGAUUUGUACGUUAUCGGAAACGUGUUGUGUAUCUAUGCUAGUGCUGAGUUUGUAUAGGGGCGACGGUUGCGACGUUGUUGGUUUCUUUCGGAACCGACGGGCUAGUGAAGGUGUCAAUGUUGUUGUUGAUGAUGACGGAAAGCUUAUGGCUAUUGAUGAUGCGCUUGUUAAAGCUGUGGCUGAGCCUAAUGAAGAUGUUGUUACUUUGCAUGUGGAUAUACCUACUGAUAACGAUCAUCGGAAGACGUCGUUUGUGGCGCCUCCGUUUUCAUUGUCAUCUGUUUUAGGAGCAAGUAUUAUGCGUGAAGGUGAUCGCGCUCGCUGCAUUUCCUGGAGCGCUUGAACAGCCGGCGCUCCAGGAAAUGCGCUUGGAUACUUGGUAACUCACGAGUUCGUUGCUGCGAGUGAAAAUUGCAACAACGGUGACGGGGUCUUCUGACAGUGCGAAUAGACGACACUUCCAAUUUUCGCGUUCGCCACCUGUUGAGCGGCCUCAGUCACUGGAAACGAUCUGCUCUCGGUCACACAAGUAAUGGAAUCUGGUUUUUCUUCAUGGGUAUACUCUUGCAGUGGAACUAACAUGGAUUUUUUUUGGAUCAAUCCAGAGGAUAUGAAUACGAUCCAACCAGCAGUCACAAACCAGUUCACUCCGAAGAUCGAAUUCCGAGCGAUGGUUUUUAAAUUUUCAGAUCCGUUGGU